GGGCUACCUGUGGUAUUACCAGCUUCCUGUGGCGUAAAUUCUUAGAAUCAAUCGAUCCAUUGUUCUGUUUGCCGUAAAUGUUGAAACGCAUCGAAUAAUAUGAUGGACCCAUCAGAAGAGCGUGAACUAAACAAGCAGUUGCUAAGAUACCUGAAUGACAAGGUUGCUGUAAGUGCAAGUGAACGAUCUGAAACCAGACGCAUCUUGAAUAAAUACAUCACAAAUGGCCAUGUCUGGAGGUUUAUUGUGGAAAACUGCAAAAUUCCUCUUCGUGGAGAUCUUUUGUACACGGGAAGUAUGUACGAUGGACUGAAAACCCAGGCCGCAGAUGAAGUUGAUGUCAUGAUUCCUUUAAAAAUACGAGGAGGGGUUGAGGUGGAGGAAAGGGCCCAGAAUCGUCAAAUCCCACAUGGCUUUGCACGCUUGAAGUUGCUCAGACCUGGGGAGUAUGGCUAUGACAGGUUUCUUGAUUAUGACGACUACCUUAAAGUGGACAAAGUAUAUCAACAUCUGGAGUCCCUCGUCGACAGAGCAAUCAAUCAGUUCGAGAUCAAUGAGGGAAUAUCACUGCGGUCAGUGAAACACGGACCAGCUGUGCAGCUUGAUGUCUACAGAUAUGACAAGAAGCUGAUGUCCAUUGACUUGGUCAUGGCGUUUGAGGUGUCUGGAGAAUUCUAUGUGACCAAGAAGUACAGUGAAACAGCUCACUCCUGUGAUCGAUAUUUCGAUAUUUCCACCCUCUUUCGGCAGUCUUUUUCUUUGAAAGAGAAAGAGAUAUUCAAUCGCCUAGAUGGUCAAGGGAAUGGCUGUAAAAAAGAGGUGCUAAAGAUCAUGAAGACAAUUGUUUCUACAGACAACUCACAGCUGAGAGGAAACCUGACCAGCUAUCAUCUCAAGAACGCCUUUCUGAGACAUCUUGAUGGAUCUAGACAUCUUUUUGUGGAUUGGAGUAAUAUCAUGAUUAGUCAACGAUUUCUUGGCUUCUUGACGUUUCUAGUGGUCGAGCUCGACAGAAACUUUCCAAGCUUCUUUAUACCAGAGAUGACAUUGCUAGAUGUAAUGGAAACUACAAAAUUGGAAAUGAAGUACAGGUUGCAGAGGAUAAUCAACAGUUCUCAGCUGAGGCGUGAUAUAUUGAAAUCAGAACCGAUGCAAGAGGUUAACCCAGAGGAGCCGGAUCACACCCAUGAUUCCCAGGGACUGUUGACUCCAGGUGAAAUAAUUGGAGGUGCCGUGAUUGCUGCUGUUGCUGGUACUGCUUUUGUAGCAAAUAGAUAUUUGAGAGAACAAGACGAGAAAACAAGCUCAAAAGCAACGACUACGUCCCCGUCGUCUUCACAACAACAAACGCAGCCGAAGGAUGAAUGCGUGGUGAUGUAACACUGCACCUUACUGUUGACUCAACGGUAGCCGUAAUAUCUGCCUUCACUUGAUAUUCAUUUUUUUAGAGGAAUCCUAUCUAUAUCCCAAAUAUUGUUUUCUCUUUGUCGAUCCUCUCACAAACACACACACACACGCUGAAUCCGACUGAUCCACUUAUUGUGGAUCCUCAAUAUUGUGUCCAACAUACCUAUGAGGGGAAUUAUAAAUUAUAGGGAAGGGAGAUUUAAGUGCCCAUUAAGGGUUAAACCCUGGGUUAAACCAUUUUCAGAAACCUUCACAAGGUGAGGUUUUCUCUUAGUUUUCCCUUUGCUUUUGGAUUGUGUUUGUUCGUGGCCCCCCCCCCCCCCCCCUUAUCCCUAUUAUAUUGCGUCAAAGCAGUACUUGCUGUACAACUUUAGCUGCCACUAUGCUGGUAAAUUACCUGUGAAAUUGUCGUAGAAAGUACAAUAAAUAUGAGUGUAUUUAACUAUGAGAAUAAUUAAAAAUAAUUUGUUCAUGGA